AUGCGUGAAGUCGUUUCUAUCAACGUCGGUCAGGCUGGUUGCCAGAUCGCCAACUCCUGUUGGGAGCUUUACUGCUUGGAGCACGGUAUCCAGCCCGAUGGUUACCUGACCGCUGCUCAGAAAGAAGGCCCUCGUGAUCAUGGAUUCAGCACUUUCUUCACUGAAACUGGUGCCGGAAAGUAUGUUCCAAGGACUAUUUACGUCGACCUCGAGCCAAAUGUCGUCGACGAAGUUCGUACCGGUCCCUACCGAUCCCUGUUCCACCCUGAACAGAUGAUCACUGGAAAGGAGGAUGCUAGCAACAACUAUGCUCGUGGCCACUACACCGUCGGAAAGGAGCUCGUUGACACAGUUCUCGACAGAGUCCGCAGGGUUGCUGAUAACUGCGACGGCCUCCAAGGUUUCUUGGUCUUCCACUCCUUCGGUGGAGGUACUGGUUCCGGUUUUGGCGCCUUGCUCAUGGAGCGUCUCUCCGUUGACUACGGAAAGAAGUGCAAGCUCGAAUUCUCUGUUUACCCUGCUCCACAGAACGCUUCUUCUGUUGUUGAGCCAUACAACUCCAUCUUGACCACCCACACCACCCUCGAACACUCCGACUGCAGCUUCAUGGUCGACAAUGAGGCCAUCUAUGACAUCUGCAGAAAGAGCUUGGGUAUCCAGAGACCCAACUUCGAGAACCUGAACAGAUUGAUCGCUCAGGUCGUUUCUUCUAUCACUGCUUCUCUCCGAUUCGACGGUUCCCUCAAUGUCGAUCUCAACGAGUUCCAGACCAACCUUGUCCCAUACCCCCGUAUCCACUUCCCUCUCGUCGCCUACUCGCCAGUUAUCUCCGCCUCCAAGGCACAGCACGAGGCCAACAGCGUCAACGAGAUCACCGCCGCUUGCUUCGAACCUGCUAACCAGAUGGUUAAGUGCGACCCAAGAAACGGAAAGUAUAUGGCCACCUGUUUGUUGUACCGUGGAGACGUCGUCACAAAGGACGUCCACGCUGCCGUCGCCAACGUCAAGACCAAGAGGACCAUCCAGUUCGUCGACUGGUGCCCUACUGGUUUCAAGAUUGGUAUCUGCAACGAGCCACCACAAUUGGUUCCCAACGGCGAUCUCGCCAAGGUCGAGCGUGCCGUGUGCAUGUUGAGCAACACCACCGCCAUUUCUGAGGCCUGGGGCGCUCUCAGCCACAAGUUCGAUCUUAUGUACUCAAAGCGUGCCUUCGUCCACUGGUACGUUGGUGAGGGUAUGGAGGAAGGUGAAUUCUCCGAGGCCCGUGAGGAUCUUGCUGCUUUGGAACGUGAUUAUGAAGAAGUUGCCAGCGAUAGCGUUGGUAAUGAUGAUGGUGAAGAGGCAGAGUAUUAA